UCAACGCGGUGCUCCGGCUGCCCGCUGCCUCAGACCCGGAGGACGCGGCUGGGGAGCUGCCAGGUGCUGCGUCGAGGGCCUCUCCUGUCGCGGGUCGAGGCUGCUCGAACCAUGGCGGACAAGGAGGCUGGCGGCAGCGACACUGGGUCCCGAGAAACGGCCCCCACCUCUGCAUACUCCUCUCCAGCCCGGAGUCUUGGAGACACAGGAAUAACGCCCCUGUCUCCGUCCCACAUCGUGAAUGACACGGACUCCAGCGUCUCGGAGCAGCAGGUGUUUCUCGUGGUGGUGGCCAUUGACUUUGGGACCACAUCAAGUGGCUAUGCCUACAGCUUCACCAAGGAGCCAGAGUGCAUUCACGUGAUGAGGCGAUGGGAAGGAGGCGACCCAGGGGUAUCCAACCAGAAGACUCCCACCACCAUCUUGCUGACCCCUGAGAGAAAGUUCCACAGCUUUGGGUACGCCGCCAGAGACUUCUACCAUGACCUGGAUCCCAAUGAAGCCAAGCAGUGGCUGUACCUGGAGAAGUUCAAGAUGAAGCUGCACACCACUGGGGACCUCACCAUGGAUACGGACCUGACAGCGGCCAAUGGCAAGAAGGUCAAAGCCCUUGAGAUCUUUGCCUAUGCUCUGCAGUACUUUAAGGAACAGGCUCUGAAGGAGCUGAGUGACCAGGCAGGUUCUGAGUUUGAGAACUCUGAUGUCAGAUGGGUCAUCACGGUACCUGCCAUUUGGAAACAGCCGGCCAAGCAGUUCAUGAGACAAGCUGCCUACCAGGCGGGCCUGGCCUCCCCCGAGAACUCAGAGCAGCUCAUCAUCGCCCUGGAGCCCGAGGCAGCCUCCAUCUACUGCCGGAAGCUGCGGCUGCACCAGAUGAUCGAGCUGAGUGGCAAGGCGGCCGUGAAUGGGUACAGCGCCAGUGACACAGUAGGAGCGGGGUUUGCACAGGCUAAGGAACACAUACGGCGUAAUCGGCAGAGCCGGACCUUUUUGGUGGAGAAUGUCAUAGGAGAGAUCUGGUCCGAGCUGGAGGAAGGUGACAAGUAUGUGGUUGUGGACAGCGGCGGGGGCACCGUGGACCUCACUGUUCAUCAGAUCCGGCUGCCGGAGGGACACCUGAAGGAGCUGUAUAAAGCCACAGGUGGCCCCUAUGGAUCCUUGGGAGUGGAUUAUGAAUUUGAAAAACUUCUGUGUAAGAUAUUUGGAGAGGAUUUCAUUGAACAGUUCAAAAUCAAGCGUCCCGCGGCCUGGGUUGACCUCAUGAUCGCGUUCGAGUCUCGCAAGAGAGCGGCUGCCCCAGACCGGACCAACCCGCUGAACAUCACCCUGCCUUUCUCCUUCAUCGACUACUACAAGAAGUUCCGUGGCCACAGUGUGGAGCACGCCUUGAGGAAGAGCAAUGUGGAUUUUGUGAAGUGGUCCUCACAGGGGAUGCUGCGUAUGAGCCCAGAUGCCAUGAACGCCCUUUUCAAGCCGACCAUUGACAGCAUCAUCGAGCACCUGCGGGACCUGUUUCAGAAGCCCGAGGUGUCCACGGUCAAGUUCCUCUUCCUGGUAGGUGGCUUUGCCGAGGCGCCACUCCUGCAGCAGGCAGUGCAGGCUGCAUUCGGCGACAAGUGCAGGAUCAUCAUCCCCCAAGAUGUGGGCCUCACCAUCCUCAAGGGCGCUGUGCUCUUCGGCCUGGACCCAGCCGUCAUCAAGGUGCGCCGGUCCCCGCUCACCUACGGGGUGGGUGUGCUGAACCGCUACGUGGAGGGCAAGCACCCACCCGAGAAGCUGCUGGUAAAGGAUGGCACGCGCUGGUGCACCGAUGUCUUUGACAAGUUCAUCUCGGCCGACCAGUCCGUGGCCCUGGGUGAGCUGGUCAAGCGAAGCUACACGCCUGCCAAGCCCUCCCAGCUGGUCAUUGUCAUCAACAUCUACAGUGCUGAGCACGACAGUGUCAGCUUCAUCACCGACCCUGGGGUCAAGAAGUGCGGCACGCUCCGCCUGGAUCUCACGGGCACCAGUGGCACAGCGGUGCCCACCCGGAGGGAAAUCCAGACCCUUAUGCAGUUUGGGGACACCGAGAUCAAGGCCACGGCCAUUGAUAUAGCCACCUCAAAGAGUGUCAAAGUAGGGAUUGACUUCUUAAAUUACUAACCGCACCCCCCUCCCGUGCUGCCUGUCCCCUUGGACUCACCUCGUCUGCAUCUGCUGACCUCAGUCUUGACUGUCCUGUCCCUGACCUUGACCCCUUGCCAUUGUCCACCUGAAUUUCAGCAGGGAAGAUGAGAACUUACCAGGGUUAGAAAUAGAUCAGAAUUGUUGAGGGUACGCUGGAGUCAGAACAACUGCCAAAAAUGAGAGUUGAGGUUUGGGACCAGGAAAUUCCAGGACCCCGGAAGAGUAGCUCAUUCCCACAGGGACAGAUGGAGGACCCGCUGUCUGACAAGGGAGCCGGCACCUUGUACAGCUGUGGGCGAGCUGGUUCUGCACAGCUCUCUGCUUAGAACUUGCUUGGAAGCCCCGUUGCUGUCUUCCCAGAUUUCAAGGGAGAUC